AAUUGAACGAUUUGUUGAGCUAGAAGAACUACCUCUAAGGCAAAUAUUAAGCGAGGACGAGAAAGCGUGUGAGCAACAUUUUAAGACUCACACUUCUCGCGAUUCCUCGGGUAGAUUUUGUGUUCGUCUACCUCUCAAAGACUCACCAGACAAUUUAGGCAACUCUUACGUUCAAGCUAGGACUAGGUUUUUAAAUCUUGAAAGACGUUUUAAAGCACAACCUCAGCUUAAGACACAAUACGUCGAAUUCAUAAAUGAGUAUAUCAAGUUAGGUCAUUGUUCUGUGCUACAAGGUCCACGACCAAAUCCGUGCUAUUAUUUAUGCCAUCACGCAGUACUACGACAAACCAGCGAGUCAACUAAAUUAAGGGUAGUGUUUGAUGGAUCUGCGCGCACUUCAUCUGGUAUUUCCAUUAAUGAUUUACAGUUUAAUGGCCCGACGGUUCAAGAUUCCCUGUUCUCCAUUUUAUUGCGUUUCCGCCAACAUAGAUACGUGCUGACUGGUGACAUCGAAAAGAUGUUUCGCCAAAUUACUGUGCAUGAAAUGGAUCGCAAUCUUCAAUUAAUUUUAUGGAGAUCCGACGAGUCGCAGCCUAUUCAAACCCUUAGACUAAAUACGGUCACUUACGGUUUCGCAAGUGCCAGUUAUCUUAGCACUAAGUGCAUCUGGCAGUUAGGAGAAGAGUGUGCGGAUGAACAAAUUAAAACAAUAAUUCAGCACGAUUUUUACAUCGAUGACUUGUUGACAGGAGCCGAUUCAAUCCCGCAAUUGGAAAAUAUUUUAAAAUCUGUUGUUUCAGUGUUAAGUUCUGGUUGCUUUCCACUUAGAAAAUUCAAAUCCAAUGUGCCUUCCAUCUUUGAAAAUUCAUUAAUAAAUACUUUAGAUCCAUUAAUAUUAAGUGAGUCUACGAACGCUUUAGGUUUACAAUGGCAACCACUUAAUGACACCUUGCACAUAUUAACAAAUAUACCUUACGAUAGUAACGAUCAAGCAACCAAGAGGAUAAUUUUAUCACAUUCGUUUAAAAUUUUUGAUCCUCUUGGCCUCGUUAGCCCAUGUACCAUUCGAACUAAGCUUCUUAUGCAAGAACUAUGGCUUCGUAAGGUGGAUUGGGAUGAACCCGUUCCCCUUGACUUAAAGCGUACUUGGGAUGAAUGGAAAAUUGAUUUGGUGGUAUUGGAAUCAGUCAAAAUUUCUAGAUUUGUUUUAUGCAAUUCACCCGAUACCGUUGAAAUGCAUUCGUUCAGCGACGCAUCUAUAUCGGCCUACGGAGCAUGCGUAUAUCUUAGAUCUAUUGACUCAAAUGGCAACGUAGUGGUCAGAUUGCUUUGCUCUAAGUCGAAGGUAAAUCCAAGCAAACCCAUCACCAUUCCUCGUUUGGAAUUGCUAGGAGCUUUACUCGCUGCUCGGCUUUGCAAAUCAGUGCUAGAAUCUUUACGAUGCAACAUAACUCGAAUUGUACACUGGUGUGAUUCUAGUGUAGUGCUAGGGUGGUUGAAUACAAGUCCAAAUAAAUUAAAGACAUUCGUGGCUAAUAGAGUCGUUGAAAUUUGUGAAACCACGACUCCCGCGAAUUGGCGUCACGUACCAACAAAUGAUAACCCGGCUGACCUUAUUUCUAGAGGCGCUAAAACAAAUUUUUUAGUAGAAUCCAAAUUAUGGUGGUCAGGUCCAAGUUUUUUAGCUAAUUCUGAAUCGGAGUGGCCAUCACUAAACAAACGAACUAAUUACGAAUUGCCGGAAUUAAAGGUUAGUGUAGCUCUAGUGGUUGAUCCAAUAAUUCAAUUUGAAAGAUUUUCUAAUUUUAUUCGAUUAAAACGAUCAUUUGCUUAUGCUUUACGAUUCAUUCAUAAUAUUAAAUCGCUUAAAACUAAAAAAAGUGGGAUUCUCACGACAGAUGAAUUACAAAUUUCAUUUAAUUAUCUUUGCAAAUUUGCUCAAAUACAGUCAUUUCCUGAUGAAUAUAAUGCACUAAAACAAACUCAAUUUAUUUCAAGUAAAAGUAUUCUUCAGUCACUUAACGUAUUUUUAGAUAAUUCAGGCAUUAUUCGAGUAGGCGGAAGAUUAGAACACUCAAAUUACGACUACGAAAAGAAACAUCCAAUAGUUUUACAGUCUAAACAUUAUUUAACGAUUUUAAUUUUUCGAUACGAACACAUAAAACAAAUGCACGCUGGACCGCAGCUUUUAUUAUAUACGGUGCGUAACUACAUAUGGCCAUUAGCUGGCAGAAAUCUCGCACGUCGCACUGUACGCAACUGUGUUCGAUGUAGGCGCUUACAGGGUCGUACGUUAACACCUAUAAUGGGCCAUCUCCCGUCACAACGAACUAUACCAGCAUUUCCAUUUCUUACGACAGGGGUAGACUUCGCAGGUCCAUUUAUGAUUUUAAAUAAGAAAGGCCGCGGCGCAAAACUUUCAAAGUGUUACUUAUGUCUUUUUAUAUGUUUCCGAUACAAAUGCGUGCAUUUAGAAGCCGUAACAGAGCUGUCAAAGGAUGCCUUUGUUAUGACAUUACGGAGAUUUGUUGCCCGACGCGGCAAACCGCUUGAAAUCUAUUCCGAUAACGGUAGGAAUUUCGUUGCCGUUGCAAAGGAAAUCGGUAGUUUCUUAAAAGAAAAUCAAAACUCUCUAUCGGAGUACGCAGCUACCGAAAAUAUAAAAUUUCAUUUUAUACCAACUUACGCUUCUCAUUUUGGGGGAUAUUGGGAAGGCGGCAUCAAGUCAGCUAAGCACCACAUUAAAAGAGUAAUGGGCAAUUUAAAUCUCACGUACGAAGAACUUUCUACUUUGUUUGCACAGGUGGAAGCUAUUCUAAAUAGCCGACCCUUAUAUCCUGUUUCUUCUUCCCCUCACGACCUUCUUUCUCUCACUCCAGGGCACUUCCUGAUUGGCCGACCACUGUCUUCCCUGCCAGCUCCAGUCUUGGAGGAAGAAAAGGCUACUCGCCUGCAGCGCUAUAACCGCAUAGAGCAAGCUCGCCAGCAUUUCUGGAGACGCUGGCAAAAUGAAUAUGUCAGCGAGUUGCAGCAGCGAUCCAAGUGGCGUACACAGAAGUGCAACCCUCUUCGUGUCGGGGAUUUAGUUCUUCUCCAAGAGGACAACAAUCCACCACUUCAUUGGCGUUUGGGACGUGUCAUCCACUUACAUCCCGGCAUCGAUGGUGUGAGCAGAGUUGCUGAUAUCAUGACUGAGAGAGGCAGCGUACGGAGGCCAUUUACAAGACUAUGCCCUCUACCAAAUCAAGAUGAUAACUAGAAUACCGAAGGUAUUCCAGGGGGGGUGCUUAUGUACGCGCCUUCAUUAAUUUGUGGAGCAAAUAUUGCCUGCGACGCAUUACCGAUAAUGUAGAUAAGGCUGUUCGCAAUGCUACAUACGAAGACUACAUACGAAGCCCUGUCGACCAAUCGUUGCAGCCCGACGUCAUCAAAGGUCCGACGUCAUCGACCGAGGAGAAGGGACCCUGCAACGACGACACUUUUUUUCGAGACCUCUGGGCGUUCGGCGAUAAUCAUCUUCGUUCUUGUAUUUUAUAUUUUGAGACCAUAAGUUCCUGUAAUCUUCUUUUGAGCAUUAAAUUGAUUUGUACAGUG